CUCCGCACGCCGCACGACCAGAAUCAAAACAACUUAUGCGUGCUCUCGGCUUUAUCGUGGUGGGCAGAGUGAUAUUUUUGCAAAAAAAAAUCGAGUAAAUUCAGCGGCUAAUUCAAUUACAACACGAUGGCGUCCGACGGAGAUGGCAAAUCCUCUUCCGGCAGCAGUGCGACUCAGAAAUCUUCCGCUCCAGAACCGGCUUCGAAGCUGAAGGUGCUAGCCCUGCACGGAUACCGGCAAAAUGGGGACAGUUUCAAAUCGAAACUCGGUUCGCUCCGGAAGUUUAUCAACAAAUACGCCGAACUGGUGUUCGUGACGGCCCCUCACGUUGCCCCACCGAUGGAAGCCGGUGCGGAAGUCGAUCCAACCCAGCGGAGCUGGUGGUUCAACAAGGACGACGGAACGUUCAAGGGCACCAACAAAAACGGUCCCGCGGUGGGCUUCGAGCAGAGUCUCAAGCUGGUUGAGAAGGUCUGGCGGGAGGAGCAGUGCUCCGGAUUGCUGGGAUUUUCGCAGGGAGCUUGUUUCGUGGGGUUGUUGUGUGAUUUAAGUGCCCGAGGAAUGACCUCGAUCAAGCCGGAGUUUGCCGUUUUGUCGUCCGGCUUCCGGUCGGGCAGUCUGGUGCAUCUGAACUACUACGAGAACAAGGUUCAGAUACCUUCGCUGCACAUCUUCGGCGAAACGGACGAAAUUAUUCCCAAGGAAAUGAGCCAAGCCCUGCUCGGCACCUUUAUCGAUCCCCAGGUGCUGACCCAUCCCGGGGGGCACUUUUUCCCCGCACAGGCCGUUCAGAAGCCGGCAUACGUUGAGUUCUUCCGCGAGCGGUUGCAGUACCAUCUGGAAGCGAAGGAAAUCGAAAAUGCGACCGCCGAAAAUAGCAUACUGCUGGACGAAAACGGCGCCGGCUGUAACGGGGCGGACAAUGACGAAGAAGACUCGGAUUAAGGUAGAAGCCGCGAGUGGAAAUACAGUGGAUCUUCCAGAUUUGUA